CGACUGCUUUGUUGUUAUUUGCCCGUACGUUGAAAUUCCACCAUCGUGCUCAACAAAAGUCGGUCGAAAGUUGUGUGCUAAUUUACACGCCCAGCAAUGAAGUUCCCGUGGUCGCACACGACAAUAGUGGAUAUGAUCAAGACUGAUCAGAAAGUGGAAGAAAAGUGCCACCAAGUUACCACAGACAUUAUCGCUGGAAAGCUAAAUGUGGCCGAGUUUGUAGAGGAGCUAGGACCAGCGCUGACUCACACCGAUGCCUCAGUCCGCGCCAAGGGAACGACGCUCUUAUCGAACGUGCUGAAGGAUCUUCCACCGGACGCGCUGCAAGCGACUCAGGUGGAGCUGCUCUGCACGUUCUACAUUGACCGUUCGCUUGACCACCAUACCGUGACGCCGAUGGUAUUGGCGGGCAUCGAAGCACUUACGCACAUGACCAACUUCCCCGACGGUGCCGCCGUCCGGUUGCUGCGGGCGCUUUUCGAACGAGUGCCCUGCCAAAGCCAGAAAAAGCCGGAACGCACGCUGUACUUCCAGAUGAUGCUAAAUCUCGCCGAGCGAAAGGUGGACGAGCUGAAGGCGUGGGGUGUCGACUUUGUGUACGGUGUUAUUGGUGCGAUCGAGGGAGAGCGCGAUCCGCGCAAUCUGCUGUACCUGUUCGAGCGUAUGCCCUCCUUCAUCCGGACCUUCCCGAUGUACCAUCUGGCGGAGGAAAUGUUUGAAACGUUCGCCUGCUACUUCCCGAUCGAUUUCCACCCGAAUCCCAACGACCCGGUAGCGAUAACGCGCGAUGCGCUGGCCGAACAUCUGGCAAACUGUCUGUGCGCAACGCCGGAAAUGGCAGAGUUUGCGGUGCCGCUGUUGAUGGAAAAGCUCGACAGCAGCUUGAUCAUGGCGAAGCUGGACUCACUGUCACUGCUGCGCAGGUGUUUGGAGCUGUUGGAGGUGGCAAAACUCGAGGAACAUCAUGACGAGCUGUGGACGGCGUUGAAGAAAGAGCUGCUUCCGGCCGGUGGCACCUCCGCCGCGGAGAAGGAGCUGGUAGAAGCCACAUUUGCCGCAGUCCAGGCACUGGCCAAAAAUGCUUCCACCGACGAGCCGUCCGCAAAGGCACUGCUCGACAAGAUACUGCUCAGCGUGAUGGGCGGCCUGACGGAUGCCAGCUCGAAGCAGUUCGAAAUGAGCCUGCGCGUGGAACUGAGCUGCGCCCAGGGGAGCGUGUACUGUGCGUUGUACGUAAUAGAAAAGCUUAUCCCGAUGCUGCUCGCCCAGCUGAACGUGGACGGGCACGUGGAGACGCGUGUAGCGAACGUGCUGGUAGACGCUCUGCAACGGCUGUGUGCCGUUUGUGCCCACUGGUACUGCAUAGACCGGCUGGACCCAGCGCUCGUGGGACAGAUGCACAAAAAGCUAAUAGAGGUCGUGCUGCAGGAAGCCGACGGUAGCGAGCAGAAACGAUCCGCCCUGCUGGCACUGGCAGCCGUACCGGAAAUGGUAACGAGCGAAAACCGCUACGUGGUGUAUAGUGCGAUGGUAAAGAUUUUGCUAACCGCAACGGAACAACCGAGCAAGACGAUCGAUGCGGCGCAGGAAUGCUUGUUCUCGUUCGCAAUUCGCUACCAGCAGGAGGUGAAAACGGUCGUGCUGGAGAAGUUAAUCACGCACGAUUACGCCAAGGCCGAGACGUCGCUGGUGCAGCUGGUGUUUAAAACGCUCGGCAAAUUCAUCCUCUACCAUGGGUACAUGGACAAGAUGGUAAAAUUUUUCCUUUCGAAAAUAUUCGACCCCGACAACGAGCGGCUCGCCAUCAUUGCCAUGGAUACGUUGACCGAUGUGGUUGAGAAUGGGAAUUCGAGUCAGCUGGGCAAGGCCGAGCUGUACGAGCAGUACAAACUACUCGACCGGUGCUUCGAGUACGCGAACGAUAAGCUUAGCUCGGAUUGUCUGCACGCAAUGGCGCAGCUGAUCGGUGCCGUCGUCAAACAACUCCCAGUGGAGGAGCAGCACCAGCUGAUACUAAAGCGAUUGCCAGCGUUGCGACUGCAGCAGCGGGCCGAUCUUUAUUUAGCGUCCGGUUUGCUCGCCUACCUCGACCAAAGCGUACCGCUGGUGGAUCACUUUGAGAAUCUGGUCACCGAUCUGAGCAAACUGGCGCUUGAAACGGACGAAGAGCGGGUGCGGGACGUAUGCAAUCGGUUGCUGUGCAGUCUGUUCAACCGGAUGCCGAACGAUGAGCAUCACCGGGGUGUGCUGAAGCGCCUGCUGAAGAUGAUCCGCGAGGAGCUGAAGAAACACAACCACCAGGCCGUGGUCAUACUGAGCUGGAUCGGCAAGGGGCUGAUCGCACGCGGCCAUUCGGAGGCGGGUGAGAUCGUCGACGAUAUUGCGGAUCUGCUCGACCAUCCUACGCUCGGCCACAUCGCAGCGCUGGCAUUCGAGAUCCUGUCCAUUGAAUUUCCCCAGCUCCAUCUGCCCCUGCUGCGCAAUCUAUUCAAACAAAAGCUGUUCGUGUGGGUCAUGAAGAAGCUGGAGCAGAAGGUGGAACAGUACGCCGAAACGCACCUGAAAGCGCUAGCCUUUGUGCUGGCAGCGACACCGCACACGGUGCUGAAAAUGAACCUGUCCAAGGUCGGCCCGGUGCUGCUAAAGUGUCUCGCUCAGACCGACGACAAAACGAUACUGGAAGCGUUGACGAUCGUGCUGCGCUUCACGCGCGAACAGGACCCAUUUGUGCAGGACCAUUUGCAGACGCUCAUACCGCUGCUGCUUAAGCUGACCCUGCACCAAUCUUCAAUGAAAAUACGCAUCGGCGCGCUCGAGUGUUUGCUGUACGUGUGCAAGUAUCCCACGUUUCUGCUGCUCCCCUUCAAGCAGAGUGUCCUGCUGGCGCUACAAAAACCGUUGGACGAUCGGAAGCGCUUGGUAAGAAAUGCAGCCGUCACUACGCGGCUCCAGUGGUUUGUCGUCGGUAGUGCGGAGGACACGAAAACGGACAAGUGAGCCGGCGGGAGGAUGCUGCAAACACUUGAGCCGUGAUGAACACACUACCUCCUCGGAAGAAUUCCUGCACAGUAAUGCGUUGGUCGUUCCAUCACAAUGCAUUGCCGCCGCAAACAAUAAUGCAUUUGUACGGACAUUUUCUGUUUCUAUCGAUGGAAAUAUGCGUUGAAAUCAAAUUUCAACACUGUAAGCGUUUUCCUACUCUUUUUUCUUUCUCUUUUUGUUGAUCAAUAGUAAUCUUAGUUUUGUAGAAUCAAAUAAAGGACAAAUUACACGAGUAGCUCAAGUAAAAUGUA